AUGGCCGAGACCGAAACCCAUCAUUCUAACGGCGGAAACGGGCCUCCGCGUGGCCACGAGACAUCCCCGCCUCCCCUUGCGGUCCUCCCGUUGAAGAUGGUGCUUCGCUCUCUCGCCAUUUCCACCAUCUCCUCUUCCCGGCUUCUGCUACCACCCUCACUCUCCAUUAUGUCUCUCCUUGCUUCCUCUACCAAUCCUUUACUUAACCCCGAUAAGAACCCGUUUCUUCGGCUCUUCAUCAAGAAGACGUUUUACGCCCAGUUUUGCGCGGGAGUCUCCCACGGCGAGGUUGAGCGGACCAUCACUAGCCUCAAGAAUCUCGGGUUCAGCGGGGUUAUUCUUGGGUAUGCCCGCGAGAUCGUGCUCACUGAGGACCAGCUCAAGGGCUUAUCCUCCGUCAAGGGGCUCGAUGUCGAGGAGUGCGUCAGGAACGAAGUCACUCCGUGGGCUGAGGGAACGAUUGAAACUGUCGACUUGGCCGAGCCCGGCGAUUUCGUCUCGCUAAAGUUUACCGGCGCUGGUCGACUAGCCAUGGCCAGUCUCACCGCGAGAGAGGCACCUCCGCCCGAACUUGCUAGCGCAAUCGACGCCAUCUGUUCUCGUGCCGUCUCGCGUGGCGUCCGUCUCCUUUUCGACGCCGAACAAGCCGCCAUCCAGCCUGGAAUCGACGACUGGACGCUCUCGUACAUGCGAAAGUACAACACCAAACCAGGCCAUGCCUCCAUCUACGGAACGUACCAAGCCUACCUCAAGUCCUGCCCCGCGACUCUCGCGGGACAUCUCCAGAAGGCGCAAGAAGAGUCAUUCACAUUGGGCGUUAAGCUUGUUCGCGGUGCCUACCUCGGAUCAGACCCUCGGCACCUGAUCCACGACACCAAGGAGAACACCGAUGCCUGCUACGAUGGCAUCGCCGAAGGCGUCUUGACUCGGAAGUGGAACGAAACCCUCUCGGGCUCGGGAGAAUACCCCGGCGCGAGCCUCAUCCUCGCCUCUCACAACGCCGAGUCGGUCCUCAAAGCCCGCGAGAUUUGCGAACGCGGGGAGGCCAAGACGGAGAUUGCCUUCGCGCAGUUGAUGGGUAUGGCGGACGAGGUCAGCUGCGAGUUGCUCCCCGCGGCGGGCAAGAAGGAAGGAGGCGCUGCUCCUGUGCCAGAGAGGACGGGCGUGCAGGCGUACAAGUACCUUGUUUGGGGAACGACGGGGGAGUGCAUGAAGUAUCUGCUGAGGAGGGCGUACGAGAACCGCGAUGCUGUGCAGAGGACUAAGGUUGGGAGGGAUGCCAUGUGGGGCGAGCUUGUGAGGAGGGUCAAGGGAGUUUUUGGACGGGGAUAG